CUCGGGGGCCCUGCAGCGAUGCUGUUCCGCUUCGGGGUGGUAGUACCUCCCGGCGUGGCCCAGGGCCGUCCGCAGGUGCUGCUGGUGGGCUCGCGGCCCGAGUUGGGGCACUGGGACCCUCAGAGGGCCGUGCCCAUGAAGCGGGCGGGCGGCUGGGCCGGGCCCGACGGGGCGCGCGGGCUGCAGGAGCCGGGCCUGUGGCUCGCCGAGGUGGAGCUGGCCGGGGAGCCGCCGCCGGAAGCCCAGGAGCAGCAGCAGCAGCAGCAGCAGCCCGAGGGGGCGGGGCUCGCCGUCUCCGACACUUUCUGGUACAAGUUCCUAAAGCGGGAGCCGGGAGGAGAGUUCUCCUGGGAAGGUAAUGGUCCUCACCAUGACCGCUGCAGUACUUAUGAUGAAAACAACUUAGUAGAUGGUGUGUACUGUCUCCCCAUUGGACACUGGAUUGAGAUUAUGGGGCACACAAAUGAGAUGAAGCACACAACUGAUUUUUAUUUCAACAUUGCAGGCCACCAAGCUAUGCAUUAUUCCAGAAUUCUCCCAAAUAUCUGGUUAGGAAGCUGCCCUCGACAGUUGGAACAUAUAACAAUUAAACUGAAGCAUGAAUUAGGAGUGACGGCAGUAAUGAAUUUUCAGACUGAAUGGGAUAUAAUGCAGAAUUCAUCAGGUUGCAACCGCUACCCAGAGCCUAUGACCCCAGAGACUAUGAUUAAGCUCUAUAAAGAAGAAGGAAUGGUCUAUGUAUGGAUGCCUACAACAGACAUGAGCACUGAAGGCAGAGUGCAGAUGUUGCCUCAGGCGGUCUGUCUUCUCCACAGCCUGCUGGAGAACGGACAUACAGUCUACGUCCACUGCAAUGCUGGAGUUGGCAGAUCGACAGCUGCUGUGUGUGGCUGGCUCAAAUAUGUGAUGGGCUGGAAUCUGAGGAAGGUGCAGUACUUCCUCAUGUCCAAAAGGCCUGCUGUCUACAUCGAUGAGGAGGCACUGACCCGUGCAGAGGAAGAUUUUUAUCAGAAAUUUGGGAAGGUUCGUUCUUCCUUAUGUACUCUCUAGAGGGUACAAUCUCAAACUCCUGUCAGGGAAAUUGGAUGAUAUUUUAAGGUGAUUCGAAGACAGACUAAUUAAACAGUAGUAUGGUAUAGUUUAGUAGUAGUGUUUAUUAUUAUUUUUAUAUUAUUGUUAUUAUUAGUCUGGCAUGCCCAUUUAAGUGUCUGUUUUGGGUUAGAAAUAUAUUUUCUCCGGAGUACAUUCUAAAGAAAUUUAUGAAUUGCACAAGAAAUGGGGUAAAACAAGGUAACAAACAUAAUCGACAACAUCUGUAAUCAGACUAUUUAUUUUGGUUAGCUUAUACCUGGGUGACUUUAUAAAAAAUUUAAGAUUAUAAACACUGUUUCUUGUUGCAUUGUAUGUAACCAUUUGCUGCCUGAAAGGGGGAGAAAAUCUAUAAUUAUACAGAUUUCAUCUUUUACAACAAAAAUAACAAAGACAGUCCUACUGUUUUGUAAAUGGAAACCAUUUGGCCUGCUACCAAGCAAGAUACUAAGUCUGGAAGAUGGAGGUUUCAUAAAUCCUUGCUGAAUGGAAUGGAAUGGAAUGGGAUUUCUUGUUCUGUAGGGAGAGGGUGUGUUGAUAAACAAUUUGCAUAGCUGAAAUUCUUAACUUUGUUCUGAACCUUUUGGGAAGUCUAAUGAAAACUGUAGACCUCUUAAAAAUAAUGUUUUUAAAUGGAAAAUAUAUAACAAAAGAUUACUUCAAAAAAUCAAUUAUAUUUAUAUAAAGUUGUUAAAAUAUUAUGAAAAAAUUCACAGGCUACUAGGUUAAAUAAAUGCUCUGAUAAAUCUGCGAAAACUGUAGGAAAAAUAUUACUUUAUGUAAGUCCAUCAUGGGAACUGGCUCUUGAUUUAUAGCAGAGAUUUUUUUCAAGUGCACUAUCUUUCAUGUUUCAUUUUGUCUUUGAAUUCUUUAGAACCUUCUAGAAUGCUUGGAACAUAGUAGGUACUUAAUAAAUAUUUAUUUAUUGAUUAA